UUUUUGAGGGUCAACGCAGCGGGGCAUCUCUUGUUUUAUUGCAUCAUCAGCAGUCCCAGGGUACGGGAACGCCUACCGCAACGCCCGCCAAGUCCAAGUCCAAGUCCGUCUCCCGUAUAUUCCCCGUUCUUUUAGCCUUAAUUAUAAGCCUAUCAACUCCCUCUCCAGUCUUCAUUUGCUGCCGCCCUAGAUAACGUUAGUCAUUUCCAGUGCCCGAAUUCGUCGCAAAUUCAUUCCUGAAUAAUUGAUCAUUUUUUUUAUAAGAAUGGCGAGCAAUGGAGUUGUUCAUGGGCACUCACAGGAAUCGGCCCUUUGUUCUUCAUAUGAAACUGCGAUGGAAGCUCUUUCCUCCCUCAUUAGCCGUCGCAAAAGGGGUGAUGGAUCAAAGAGGGGUGAAAAGUUCGAUUGGAUGUUUAGGUAUCUUAAGAAAUUAGAUUUGGAGAAACGCAUAGCUGGACUUAAGAUUAUCCAUGUUGCUGGAACUAAAGGAAAGGGUUCAACAUGCACAUUUUCUGAGGCUAUUUUAAGGGAGUGUGGUUUUCGAACAGGACUUUUCACUUCCCCUCACCUGAUGGACGUCAGAGAACGUUAUCGUAUAAAUGGGUCAGAUAUAUCCAGAGAAAAUUUUCUACAUUACUUUUGGGAUUGUUGGAACCAACUGAAGGAGAAAGCUGGGGAUGACUUGCCGAUGCCUCCACUAUUUCACUUUCUCACUUUGUUAGCAUUUAAGAUAUUCUUGUCUGAAAAGGUUGAUGUUGGAAUUAUUGAAGUUGGUCUUGGGGGAAGAUUUGACUCAACAAAUGUGGUUAAGGAACCUGUUGUCUGUGGCAUAACUUCGCUUGGGAUGGAUCAUAUGGAGAUACUAGGAGAUACCAUUGAGAAAAUUGCUUCAGAAAAGGCUGGGAUUUUUAAGUCCAAUGUUCCUGCAUAUACGGCCCCCCAACUUCCAGAGGCAAUGUUUGCUCUUCAGGAGAGCGCAUCCACAUUAAAGAUUCCUCUGAGAGUAGCAUCGCCACUUGAUUCCAAGAUGCUGCAUGGAUUAAAGCUUGGCUCAGCUGGAGACCACCAGUUCAUUAAUGCUGGUCUUGCUGUUGCUCUUUGCAAAUGUUGGCUUCAAAGAACUGGGCAUCCAGAGCUUCUUUCAAAUGUAACUGAAGACUUAGAGGCAGCGUUACCAGAAGCAUUUCUAAGAGGCCUUUCUAGUGCCAGUCUUCCUGGUCGAGCUCAAAUCAUUACUGACAAGCCAGAGAAAUCUGAUCUAAAGUCAGAAUGGGACAGAAAUUCUGGUGAUUUGAUAUUUUACUUGGAUGGUGCUCAUAGUCCUGAAAGCAUGGAAGUCUGUGCAAGAUGGUUCUCCAAUGCCAUAAGAGAUGACCAGCAUUCUAUAAAAAAUGACCUUGUCAAAGAAUGUUAUGGGCACUAUAAUUCUCAAAAUGAUAGUAGGCAUUGUAAUGGAUCGGACAAAAUAUCACAGAAGAUUCUUUUGUUUAAUUGCAUGGAAAUGAGGGACCCUCAGCUUCUGCUUCCUAGGCUUAUCAGUACUUGUGCUUCAAGUGGUGUCCGUUUCUCAAAAGCUCUCUUUGUGCCCAGCUUGUCGACAUAUCAUAGGGUUGAUUCUGGUGCAUCAGUAGUGACACCUGAUACUUCAACAGAUGUGUCGUGGCAGUCAACCCUCCAAAGAACUUGGGACAAGCUAAUGGAUGGAAUAGAUGUAACUAGUGGCAAUGCCUGCAAGUUUCAGAACUUUGAGAAUUCACCAUCUUCUGAAUUUCUUAAUGGUGAUCCUUUAGAAAAGUGGGAUCCUCCUGGUAGACAUUUUGCUCCCAGUGCAGUCAUUCCGUCGUUGCCACUGGCGAUAAAAUGGUUAAGAGACUGUGCAAAAGAAAACCCUUCGCUCCGACUUCAGGUUCUUGUGACGGGAUCCUUCCAUCUGGUAGGCGACAUCAUGAAGCUUUUGAGGAGAUGAUUGUAACAAUUGAAGUUCUGUUAUUUUCAUUCUUAAUGUGCUCUCAUGUUUGAUGGAGGGGUAUUUAGGAUGAUCCAGUAAACUGUCCCUUUAGCAGUAUCUUUUCAUUGCAUGACUAAUACAAAGUGGCAGUGCCAUGCUAUAAUCUAAAUGAUUUUCCCCCACCUUUAAUCAUCAUUUAUUAUAAUUGUUCCUCCAUUAUUUCAUAUAAACGGAAGGCUCUCUUAUUUGUCCAA